AUGCGCCCUGUCCUGCUGCUGACCCUGGUGGUGGCGGCAUGCCCGUCGCUCACCCAUGAGCAUCUCCCGCUCUCCUCCCCUCUCGUCCUCCACCAGGACUGUGUCCCUUGCAACAUCCUCCGCAGCUUUCAGGUUGCGCUGGAAGGGCUCAGGGAGAGCGCUGGGGGCCGCGGGAGCAUGCGACCGGCUCUGAGAACCCUCAAGUCUUGCUGUGGAGACACGCUCGAGAGGAAGUUUCCUCUGAGAGGACUGUGGGAGGACGCGGAAUCACGGCCUGGAGAGGAGGAGGACCCUAGCGGGGAGAUCGGAGCUGUAUGGAACGAGAGCUCUUUGAGAAGAGAAAUCUUGACGUCUCGAACACCUCUGUAUGGAUACCUUCUUGCUGCAUCCAAAGUUGUUGGGGAGAUCCUCCAGUUUCGCAAGCUCGUUGCCUUCAACGUGUCGAAGACAACAAUCUUGGAGGACCUUGUCGACUCGUUGACACGUUAUGCGAUGAACAUGGACGAGGGAGAAGGAAGCAUGAAGAAGAGAGUCGAAAAGUCGAGAUGGAACAAACUUCUCCGUGCGCCAUCCAGGGCAUUGAAUGACAAGACAGAUACUGAUGUCAUCGAAACUCUGUUGAGCAUUUGCAGAGAACAGUUGCAAGCAGCAGAGAAAGAAGAUCAUAGUUGUCAUAAUACCUAUCUGAUGAAAGAUCAACUGCGAAGAAGAACAAGAUCUUUCAAGGCCAUGGUUUGUCUCUUGCUUGCUUCAAACUUUUUCUCAACUCAUUCUUCUGACUUCGAUGUGUUGAGCGCACAAUACUUCAACAUGGCGGCAAAGCUUGUUGUCCGUCAUGACGUCGAUUUUGGAUGGAUGGCGAAUCUAUUUAAGAAUUUGGCUAUGAUGACGAUUACGAUGAUGAUGAUGAUGAUGAAGUCGAUGAUUGCGAUGGUGGUGGUGGUGGUGGUGGUGGUGGUGGUGAAGCUGAUGAUGAUGAUGAUGAUGAUGAUGAUGGUGAAGCUGAUACUGAUGAUGAUGAUGAUGAUUGCGAUGGUGGUGGUGGUGGUGGUGAAGCGGGACUUAUCGUGUGUUGAAACAGAGCUUGAUCUGGGAAUUACUCGUUUGCUCCUUUGUGAGGCGGUUGAGAAAGUGAUUGACUUGUACGUCGACUCUCCUCAGGAUAGCUUCUUUGAAGGAGAGACUGAUAGCAGGGUUGAGUCAAGGAUUGAGGUCAUGUCAGAAGCUGUCUGCAUGCUUGAGCACAUCGUUCAGACAAGCAUUCAUGACGUGGAUUGGAAGAAGCAUGUCAAUCCUCUCCAACGAGGUGUGAUGGCGAUGGUGAAGUUGGCACUGGAGAGUAGUGAUUGGCGUGUACGGAUGAAAGUGUACAAGGCGUUCGAGCUGCUGUCGAAGUCAGUGCUGAGGAAGGAAAAUUCAAAUCUGCCGCGAAACAAGGAGACGGCAACAAGAAACGACAUGUCGGAAGAGUCGGGCAGUGACUCGAGCAUGUCUGAGAUCGUGAGCGCAAGUGACGACUUUGAAAAGGACGGGAUUGCAACCAAGGGAGUCGACCCAGCAGUGCAGGAGGAAGGAGACUUGAGGGAUCAGGAAGAGCUACAGUCCAGCUUCAUGAGCUGGGUGCUGGAAGGUGUUUGCUCAGUGAUGAAGAAGGGAAUGACGAUGUACAAGGGUGUUGCAGUGAGACGAGUUCUAUCGACUCUCAACCCAAUCUUGGUUGAACACGUAGUGUUGGAUGAUAAGAACUUGGACGAAUGUGCGAUGAAGAUGAUCAUGUUGAAUUUUUUCCCCUCUCUUCAAGUAUCUGGAGUGAAAAGGAAAAGGCUCUGCAAGAAAGUUUUGGAGGAGAUGAAAGCCAGGCACUUUGACGUCUCGGACUUGUUCGUUCUUGUGAAGAAGAUGCUCUCCGAGGAUGAUGAAAUCAUCUCGAUCAGCGCUCUCAACUUCUUGCGAGUCGUGUCGCAAUUCAUCGAAGGAGAAGAAACGAUGGUCGACAUGUUGCAACAAGCUCUUCAUGUCAUAAAACAUGACACGGAUGCGAGGGUACAACAAAUGUUGGAGCUCGUGGGAUGCUUUUCACAUCUCUUCACCAAGUUCAACCUGCGCCUGUACUCUGAAUUUGUCAUCCUCCUCCUUUCUCGCCCUGAGAGGAAUUUCUUCAAGACAUUCUUCGACAGCUCCCUGGGUAUGACAGGAAAUAUUCUCGACAGCUACGAGACGUAUGUGCUUGAGCGAGCUUUCUUUGAUUUGCAGAUCAGAACGUCGAAAGAUUCAAAGGAAGUCUACUUUGCAAGCUUAUCAGAAGAGCAGAUCGAGCAUGUCAGCAAAGUUGUAUCUCACACUCUUACACAACUUGAUGCAGACGUGGUCUCGUUGUGGACAUACACUCUGCUAGUUCCCAUCGCAACCGCCUGUAUCACUGACUGGAACCCGAUGGUGAAAGACCUUCUGAUCGCAACGUCGUUGGGGAUGCGCGGUAAAAGGCAUCUUGGAGAGUUGUUCUAUGAGCUCGGGGGAUAUCACAAGGUCAUUAGCUGCAUGGAGGUAGAGGACAGUCUGUACAGGACAAGUUGCUCCCUUCUUGAGCAGGUGCUGUCAAGUUUUGACUGCAACGAUGUCAAUGCGGAUGUCACUCUGUUGACUUCUGCAGUCUUCAUGGGAAAGCCUACGACUCGGAGAAUGUCGUUGGAGUUGUUGUGGGGCGGUUUGCAGGACGGGAGAGUUUCAAUGUCAGACGGAUCGUACCUGCUUCUGUUUGUUGCAAAGUUUGACGAAGACCCGUCGGUUGCUGAUGUUGCUGAACAAGUUUGGAACAAGUUAGAUGCUGGCAAGAACGAUCAUCUCUUGCAAGAAAGCAACUUGGACAUCUUGUUGAAAUCCUCAUCAGACAAUCGUGCUCAUUGCCGUCUUGCCUUCUCGAGGGCUCUCGGAUCCCUUGCAUUUCAUCUACUCGAGAACAAGAUACUGCAAACAAAUCGUUUUCACCAUCUGUGCAAGGAAAUGAUGGAGAAAUAUCUCAAGAACAAGGCGAUCGUGGAAGACAUUCCGCAAGCUCCCAAGGAGAAGAUCAUGUUGCCUCCUAAGAUGAACGCACCGAAGAUGCCGAAUCUGCCUUUCCUGAGGACGCCCGAUCAAGACAAGUUUGCAAAGCCCGUAGAUCUCAGCAUCCUGUCGUCCAAGAAGAAGAAAAAAGAAGUUCAAGAUGAUCACUGGCACAUCCGAGAGAGCUGCGCCUUGUUCUACGAUGAGUGGACACAACUUGCUUCAUCAUCCUUGUCAUCAGCUUCCCCGUCGUUGUUGUCGUCGUCAUCAACCUCCUCCUUCUCCUCCUCCUCCUCCUCCUCCGCUCGUCUUGUCAUCACGGACUCCUUCAACUUUCUGCUCCAGCAUGUUCUUCUUGACAAUCAGCGUCACAUCCGAAGCCUUGGCAGGAGGAGCGCGAGAAACGCCGCCAAGUCCCUGCUGAGCGCGCAAGAAAGCUCAGCUGACAGGUCAGCUGUCAUUGACGACAUGAUGAGAAUGCUCGAGAGCCGCCUGGUGUCCCUCAAACAGGAGGCUGAAACCGACCAAGGAGUGCUACAGGACAUCGAAGAAGCUCAGAUUGAUAUCUUCGGGGACGUAGCCAACUCGCUGUCCCCUGAGGACACGAGGUUGGAGUCUGUUGCCCGACGGGUGCUGAAGGGAGUCUCGACCAGUCUGGAGCACUGCAAGGAUUGGAGGACAGGCGCUAGCCUUGCCCUCUCCCUCUCCUCCAUCUCCAACUUCCUCCUCAAGUUCUCAGCGGAGAGCAAGGCGCCCAAGGAGGAUGAGUUUCCCAGCGGUCUUGAGAUGAUCCUGGCAUUCUCGAAGCAAGCUGAGAAGGAGGAAGAGGAGGAGGCGAUGAAGACAAGGGACGAGCUUGUCGGAGCCCUCCUCGUGGCUGAGGACGAGGACAAGCAGAGGAGUGCAGCGCUCUGCAUCGCUGGGAUCAUGAAGGGCAUGCAGCCUGCCCUGCUACACAGGUGGAGGAUGGAGAAGCUGAUCAGCGAGUGGCUCCAGGACUCGCACAUGUCUACAAAGAUACGAUCCCUCGCGCUCUUCUCUGCUCUUCUCCUUGUACUCGGCAAGAGGUUCGAGCCCUUUGCUCUCCCUAUCGUUCAGCACGUCCUCCUUGACUACGCCGACAUGAGCAAAGGAGCAAGAAAAGCAGCGUUGGAGGCGUCGGACAUUUUCUCAACAUGCAUCUCCGGCAGCUCUGCGAAGAUCUUGACACCCUGGCUGUUGGAGAAAAUCAAGGACCAGGCUGUUCACUGGCGAAGCAAAUGUGCGAUGAUUGAGCUCCUUGCUAACAUCGUGAAGAGGUGCUCGCGGCAUCUCACGUCGUUGAUGUUUGACAUCUGUAACAACCUCUUCUCCCUCAUCUCCGACGGACAUCCUGAAGUUGCUCAGCUCGCCGAGCACGCCAUGCUCAACAUCUCUUCCCUCCUCCGGAACAGCGAGAUGCGCGUGCUUGCUCCUUCAAUCAUCACCUCACAGAAAGCCGUUCACUCCUCCUCCUCCUCCUCCUCCUCUUCCUCAGACGUGCUCUUGUCUCUUCUCAGCCUUGAAAUUCCCUCCUCUCUCGACGAAGCCUCCCUCUCCCUCCUACUCCUCCCUGUCUCCCGCGCCGUAAGGGAGCUCGACGCGGGGAGCAGGAGGUGUGCGGUAGCGCUGGCAGGGGCGCUACUAACGAAGACUCGGAGGUCAACCCUGACAGGGAUGGACAGGGAGAUGAAGAGAAUGAUCUUUGAGGCGAGCACGGACUACGACCCGUCUGUCAGGGAAGUCGCCUGCCUUGCGGUCGCCAGGAGUCUCUUGGACGAGCGGCUGGAGCCGGACCUCAUGACAGAUCAGCUGUUCGAGCGCCUGCUCGAGGGGAACCUGUUGGAGAGGAGCGGAGCUGCUGCUAGCCUGGCGCUGGCGAUGAAGGAGAUGCAGGAGGAGGAGCUCAGGCGCAUGCUGGGACGGGCGGAGCUCGUUGCCAGCGCGAAGUUCGUGGAGGUUCCUCCUGCUGACGGAGGUAGGCUCAAGCUGAUCGACGAGUUGCUGGUGCACUUGGAGGGAGGAGGGAGGAGGAAGGUGGUGGAAGACUUCAUGAAGAUAUCGAUAGCGACCUUGCGCGCAGAGGAGCAGGCGAUGAGGGAGGCGGCGGUACAGACGUCGCUUGCCAUCUUCAAGGACUCCUUCCAAGUCGCGGUGGCGCAGCGGCAAUGGAGGGAGUUGAACUUGUUCUUCGACUGUGUGGCUAAGAAUCUGGUCGAGUUCGAUCUCAGUGCACGUGCGGAGGCAGCAACAAUGCAGCUGCUAAGUCUCUGCAUCUCCCACGUGAAACAGUCAGCGGAGACGGAGCAAGAGGUGCCCAGCAAGACUGCAAGGCUGCAUGUCAGUACUGAGAGUACGAUGCUGAACAACUUGGACGAGAAAGUCAAAGACGAUCUUAUGGUCGAGACGUUUGUCCUCCAGCACGACAGCAACGAUGAUGUCAGGACAAGGGCCAACACAGUCUGGAGGUCCUUUGCUUCCAGCUCUGUGCACACCGUCUUCCGGCUUGUGGGAAGAAUCACUGACCGCAUCGUCUUCUUGCUCGCAAGGGACCGAGAGACGCGCGAGAAGGAGCUGCGGGAUGACGAUGAUGGCGAUGAAGAUGCAACGGUGCUGGUCAGUGCCAAGAGGGAGCGAUGCCUGGCAGCUGUGAAUGAGAUCACAUGUCGUUUUGCGAACCGUGAAAACAACCUUGCAGGAGACGAGAUGUUCUUGAAGGUCGUCAAGCAUGUGAGAGCUCUGGACCAAUCACCUGGCAUCUCAACGAGGGAGAAACUUUCAGUGAUGGAGGUCACCAGAGCGAUCGCGGAGGGAGCACAUCGCGCGCAGCUUGAGGUCUUGAUCUCGCACAUGAAGGAAGCGAUCGCUGCCAACAUAGAGCAGCGACAAGAGCGGGUCAGGAUGGAGUGCGUUUCCCUCAUCAAGACGCUGGAGUCUAAGAAGAUGGUAAUUGCCAAGAUAGUCGUCACAAACCUCCUCCACAAAAUCUUCCUGGAUCAUCAUGAGAAAGCGGGUUAUGAGUCACCUGAAGAAGCGGAGCAGGAGCAGGAGUACCAAGAGAAGCAGGAGCAAGAGCAGGAGCAAGAGCAGGAGCAGGAGCAGGAGCAGGAGCAGGAGCAGGAGCAGGACGACGAAGAAAGCAGUCUGAUCGAUGAAAUGAUUGGCCAUCACAUCCGACAAGACAUUUGCGCAUCUUCUUCAUAUCGCAACUUCAUGUAUCUGGCGUCCAACGCCCCUGAGGUGACCUUGCCUCUCUUCUUCUUGGAGAUUGGAAACUUCCUCUCCUCUUCUUCUUCGUCCAAUCACCUCAAGGUUCUGUUUCUCGUGCACGAGACGAUUCAGGCUUCGCGGUCUUUCCUCGUCGACCACAUGCUGGUUGUCUUCGACGGCCUUCAGCGACUGUUCGAGAUCGUCAGCCGACACGGGAAUGUGGAGGAGCAGGAAGCGCAGAGGAUGACGAAGAUUGCCAGUCACAUGUCAGUCACGUUUGCUGAGCUGCUCAUGUGCGGCGACCCACAGGUCACCUCGAGCUCGAGUGAGAUGUUGGAGCAAAGUAUCUCCCUGCUGGAGGAGGAGCAGGAGGACAUGAAAGUCUUGCUCGCCCUUGCCAUCUUUGACAACCUUGCUCCCCUUGCCGCGAGCUCGCAAAAACUCUCCGGCGCAAUGAAACUGAAGCGAAUCUUCUCCAACGUCGUCAAGCUCCUCUACCGCAAGGACGCGACCGUCGCCGUUGCAGCUGAGAAGACUCUCAUGACGCUCAGGCCGCACGUUGCUCAGAGUUUGCACCAUGUGACAAGCCUGAUCGUCCACGAAGUGUGGGAGGCGAAGGAACAAAACAAGUGA